AUUCAAAGUGCAUUUUGAAUUAGGAAGAAGUAAAAAAAUAUUUUAAUUUUUAUAAGUGAAAAACAUAAAUUUAUUGAAAACAAAUUUGCUUGACUGGUUGACCCAUCUUACUUUCAUAUAGUCAUAUGCCUUCGUUUCUCCUAAAUUCUGAAAAUGGCAAGGGAAAGGCCUCAGAUCCUUUCAGCCUAAAAACACAGGUCGAUGUCUUCCCCUCGACGCUGAAAACCCAUCCUUUUGGUCAGCCCCGCAGCGGAUCGGCAGAUGGUGCUUUUUAUGUUGGUGUCCUUGCUCUACCUCUCAUCCUCUUCAAGGAGAGCCGAAUUCCAAAGAAUGAUGGUCCCCACCUACCGAUUACUGGAUUGGAUCAGAAACAUCAUGACUACGCUUGGGAGUAUCGAGCUCCUCCUCUUGCAUACCUAGCUCCUCAACCUUGCUAAUAAUUUAAUUUCUGAAUUGUUGUUCUGUUUCAGAAUCAAUACUGGGAUUUUCUACAGGAAUCCUUAUAAUGUAACGGGGAUUUGUAAUCGUAGUUCAUGCCCUCUUGCAAAUAGUCGCUAUGCCACUAUUCCGUGACCAUGAUGGUACCUUUAUGCUGUUGCUUCAUUUUAUUUUGCCUGCUUUUUAGCUGCUGAGAUAAUGAUGAAAAAGAGAUUAGUGUUGAAUUUUGGUUAUUGAUGUUUUCAGUUUUUUGAGGUGCAUUAAAAAAUUUAAUCUCAU